AUGCUUCCAGUUGCGUGGCUGUCAGGAACUGCAAUGUCCCAACACGAAGUGAAGGCACUACAUAGCCAUCAGUCGCAGGGUACGCCGCCUUCAGAUGAUAUUGUCAAGUCUAGCUCAGACCCAAAGAGAUCAUGGCCCCGACUGCUACGCAGUUUCCCGAUACCCCCCUGCAGCAGUUCUUCUACAAUUGCCACCGAGUCUUUUUGGUCCAAUCGUGGUGACGACACAAACUCAUCUCGGGCCUCCAGUCCAGAGUUUCUUUUCAGUCCCAGAGUUCAGCCUAUUGAUAUUUUGAGGAACAAGACUCCCUUCGCUCAACACUGCACCGACUCAAUGCCGACCACCCGUAAGGUAGCAGCUUUUGGAAGAGGUUCUUGUGUUUGGACCUCUGAUAUGGUCAAGCCUGACGAGAAACAAUUCCUUUCGGAACUUGGCCCUGUCGAAGUUAAUCUUCCGUCCAGGCUCUCAGCCGCUUGUGAAGAUUCCAGGGUCCGAGGAGAAGACACCAGUAAUCACGAUCGAUUACCUCAGAAGCUCUCGGAGACCUCUGUUGUUGAUGAGCCUAGGCUUGAAGGCUGCGACAUGGAAUACAGAGGCACAUAUGACACCUCGACCUUGAACUCGGGGAAUUCCUCAGACUGCGAUUGCUCCGAGACAGAUGACGGCUUCUGGAAAUGGAACGAGUCUCGGGAGCGUUUUAUUCACACUGAUGAAAGCACUGGUCGAGAGAUUGUUUGCCCCCAGUGGUUCGAUUAGGGGUUACGGUGAGCUCGGAGAUGGGUUGGCUUCAGAUACAUGAUUACGCCUCGCCUUAAUACCUAGUAUAGAUACACUACACAAACUUCCUUCAGUCUCAGAAUGAUACGGUCGCAUUUCUAUCAACAUCAACGACAGUAAUUAUAACCUGCC